UCGAUAGAACAGUUGUGUCAUUGCCAAAUGGGCAAGAGGCUCAGACCAAAAGAGAAAAUGUACAAGAGGCUUCAACUGCAACCAACUGAUGCUUAGAUGUGAAGGGAAGCCAGCAACAAACAACAUUAGCUGUUGAUGAUUUGGCUUCCACCUCAGUUGUGAUUCAUUCACAAUUGCCAGCUUGUUUUCAGUCACCUUGCUUCACUUUGAGAUCAUGAGAAAAGGAAAAGAAAACCAAAAUCCAAGCAGUUUUUGUGUUACAGAUGUUUAUUUGAUUAAAAUAGUCCUGCUCUGAGGUGGCAUUCCACCAAACCUUUUAUCUAUAACAACCUUUCCCCCCAAAUCCACUCCCCCUAAUCUUACUACGAAAUCCACGACGUGGUGUACAUUGACGGCGAGUUCAUGGCCGACCCUCAUGCACCUCCGCCUUGGCCUCUCUUCAAGCAGAACUCAUGGUCGCCGGACAUACUCCGUGAGGAGACAUGGCAGCGUCAAAAGAGCAAUUGGGGCACACGGAGUCUCAACCGCAGCAAAAGCAUUUCAAACGACGACUUGGAGGAACUGAAAGCCUGCAUUGAGCUGGGAUUCGGGUUUGAUUCACCGGAAAUUGACCCCAAACUCCGCAACGCCUUACCUGCAUUGGAGUCUUACCAUGCCUUACAUAAGCAGCAGUUCAGUAAAAGCUUAUCAACAGAAAGGGAUGAUGCAGAGGUGGUGAAGAUGAGGUUAAAGCAGUGGGCGCUAUUGGUUGCCUGUGCGGUCCGGGAAUCUUCUUCUUCCGGAAGAUAAAAAGUCGAUCAGGAGUUCAUCUUCUGUUACUAAUUUCGAAUUAAUUAUCACAAAUUGUAAAGCUUCUAUUUCUCAUUGUAAAGUAAAGGGAAAUUACCAUGCA